AUGUCGGCCUCGGACAUGCCUGAUGCGAUAGGCAGUCCUUCAGAGCCUAAUAAUGCCGCGCUCUACGAGUCGAGACGGAGACAGACUGUGACUGGAACACAAAUACUGGACAAUAUAGUCGCGGGAUCCAAUUUUGACAAAGAUGAGGUCGACAGAUUACGGAAACGCUUCAUGAAAUUGGACAAGGACAACAGCGGUACCAUCGAGCGAGAAGAGUUCCUGUCCCUGCCACAGGUUUCCUCGAAUCCACUGGCCACAAGGAUGAUCGCCAUCUUCGACGAGGACGGUGGGGGCGACGUCGACUUCCAGGAAUUCGUGCUCGGCCUGUCAGCCUUCUCAUCGAAGGGCAACAAGGAGGAAAAGUACAAGUUCGCGUUCAAGGUCUACGACAUCGAUCGGGACGGCUACAUCUCAAAUGGCGAGCUGUUCAUCGUUCUCAAGAUGAUGGUUGGUUCGAACUUGAAGGACCAGCAGUUGCAGCAGAUUGUGGACAAGACUAUCAUGGAGGCCGAUAAGGACGGCGAUGGCAAGAUCAGCUUCGAAGAGUUCCAGGCUAUGGUUGAGAAUACAGAUGUUAGCAUGAGCAUGACGUUGGAUCAAUUUUGA